AUGAGAUUGGUCGGGACGGGCGCGAUCGACGGUCAGGGGAGCGUGUGGUGGUCGCGGUAUAAGGCGGGGAGCAAGGCGGAGCGGCCGGAUCUGCUGUUUAUAUCGCGGUGCAAUGGGAUGGAGCUGGGUGGCAUUCAAGUGCGCAACCCGCCGAUGUUCCACAUGAACAUAAAGGACCUGGCGGGUGCGUGGAUCCACGACAUCAGCACGAGCACGCCGUACAACAGCCCCAACACCGACAGCCUGCACCUCACUCGCACCACUGACGUGCUCGUUGAGGACUACUUGUCGCAUGGAGGUGAGCAUGUGUCGCACGGAGGUGGGCUUGUGUCGCACGGAGGUGGGCUUGUGUCGCACGGAGGCGAUGACAAUGUGUCGAUUGUGGGGGGGUGCAGGAACAUCACCAUACGCAAUGUUGUCGCCACAGCAGGCCAUGGCAUCAGCAUCGGCAGUCUGGGCAUAGACGGCAGUAUGGCGUGUGUGUCGGACAUCCGGGUGCAGAACGUGCAGCUAGCAGCGCUCUCCAACGGGCUGCGCAUCAAAACCUACCAGGGCGGCCAGGGCGCCGUCUGGAACAUCCACUACGAAAACGUCACCAUGCAGGAUGUGAAAUACCCCAUCAUUAUUGACCAGUACUAUUGCGACAAGAGCGACGCGAGCGCGACCACAUGCCUGAUCCAGCAGAGCGCAGUGGCCAUAUUCAACAUCACAUACCGCAACGUGCAGGGCACCACCAACGCCACGCGUGGGAUCACCUUUAACUGCAGUGCCUCGGUGCCAUGCCAGCAGAUUCGCCUCGACAACAUCAACAUAGAUUCGUCGUAUCCGGACAAUCACUCCAAGGCGACCUUAAAGCCCUCGUAUGUGAACGUGUAUGGGCUGUCUACAGGAAAGAUUAUCCCGACGGUUUUCAAUGGGACGAGUGUGAGCGGGUGGGUGGAUGCGGGGUUGCCUGUGAACCAGGCAGCUAAUUUCAUGAGUCAGGUGGCCAAGUGUGGGGUGGUACAGCCUUGGACCUUCUCCCCUCCUCCCCCCAGUCCCCCUCCCUCUCCUCCUCCUCCACCUCCCCCCAGCCCGCCACCGUCGCCUCCGCCCAGACCUCCCCCCAUGCCUCCCCCACGCCCUCCGCCGUCCCCCCCUCCUGCUCUGCCUCCUCCCCCCUUGCCUCCGCCUUCUCCCCCUCCCCCUCCCCCUCUUCCUCCCCCAUCUCCACCUCCGUCACCCCCUGCUAUACCACCCCCCCCACCCGCAGCCUCUUCUAUCAAUGCCCACACUCCCUCCACCUCCACUCCUAUCCUCCUCAUCUACUCCUUCCCUCUUUCCUCCUCCAGUUUUCUCGUCAAGCUUCCCUACUCCUGUAGGGCCACCACCGCCAUCAUUUAUUAA